AUGACUGGUAACAGCGAGUCCUUGGCGAAAACGUCAAGCAUCGUCAUCAUUGGCGCCGGCACGUUUGGAAUCAGCACCGCAUACCAUCUAGCAAAGCGUGGCUACACGAACAUCCGAUGCAUCGAUCGCCACCCCGUACCGAGUCUGGACUCAGCAGCGUAUGACUUGAACAAGAUUAUUAGAACUGAGUAUGACGAGCCCCUCUACACCGAGUUGGCUCUUGAAGCUCUCAAAGCCUGGAGAAGACCGGAGUGGGAAGGGAUUUUUCAUGAAACGGGUCGGCUUACAACCACAACUGGAAGCCCGCAGGCUGAGAAACACCUGAAGGAGUCUUAUGAGAACUUGAAGAGAGCAGGCCAAUCGGGCAGUCUUGAGUUCAUCGAGAAUAAGGACCAGAUCAUCAAGCAUGUUCCACAACUCGCCAAAGCAAACGGCAUCGAAAAGUGGAAAGGCCUUUGGAACAGCCAGGGCGGCUGGGCGCACUCGCGCAAGUCCAUCGAGAAAUGGGGCAAAGAAGCCCAAGAGCUCGGCGUCAAGUUUGUCUCUGGUCCCGAAGGCACUAUGACGGGCUUGGAAGUUGACGACUCGGGAGGGUUGGACGGCAUCAAAGUCGCCUCAGGGGACGUCGUUCGUGCGGAUCGAUACAUCUUGUGCACCGGUGCAGCAUCGCCGGAAUUGUUGCCAGAACUGUCGCGAGAAAUGUGGACAAAGUGCUGGACUUUGGCUCAUGUCGAGCUUACUGCUGAGGAGGUCGCUCAGUGGAAGGGGAUUCCAGUCGUUGAUAACUUUGAACUGGGCUUUACGUUCGAGCCGGACCCGGAGACAAGGUGGAUGAAGAUUUGCGACAAUAACCCGGGUUACCAGUACCGGCUCGGCACUUACACCGAUCCGGAGGGCAAAGUAGAGCACUACUCUAUCCCACGUUACGCAAGUGCACACCCAGACGAUGGCAUCCCGGAGGAGGCGGCCAAGGCGAUCAACAAGUUCGUCGACGUGGUCAUGCCUCAGUUCUCAGGGCGACCGCUCCUCGGUGCGAGGGUUUGCUGGUGCACCGACUCCCCCGACGCUCACUGGUUGAUCGAUAACCAUCCAAAAUACCCCUCCCUGCUGUUGGGAACCGGCGACUCAGGCCAUGCCUUCAAGAUGUUUCCGAUUAUUGGAGACUACAUUGCUGAUGCCUUGGAGGGGCUACCGAGGGGACUGAAACCCCAGUGGAAGUAUGGCAACAGAAAAUCGAAGCCUGUCGCGACCAGGCCUGAUACGGAGAUCAAGGACUUGAGAGAUGUUCUGGACUUGAAGGAUUAA